AGAGCGAGAGAGAGAGCAAGAGAGAGAGAGAGAGAGAGAGAGAGAGAGAGAGAGAGCGUAUGCGUGUGUGUGACUGACUGAGGAGGUAUUUGCUGAAUGGAAUUUAGUUUUACUACUAGUUUUGUAACUUUGCCUGCACAAACCACAAAGUGGGUGGAGGUUCAACCACUUCAGUUCAUUACUUUGAAGAGAGAUUGUGUGUUUGUUAGACUGUGUUAAAAUAUGACCAAAAAGUCUACAUCUACUGGAGGAGUUACAACAAAUGGACACAAGUUUUCUGAAAAUGGGACUCCAGAUUCCAAUGGGAAACUGCAGGAUGAAGAUGACAGGAAGGUGGGAUUGGGGAAGAAGGUUACCCUGCUUCGAGGGAUUUCCAUCAUUAUUGGAACCAUCAUCGGGGCCGGGAUCUUCAUCUCUCCAAAGGGCAUCCUGAAAUACUCUGGCAGUAUAGGAAUGUCCCUAAUCGUGUGGAUUGGCUGUGGUGUGCUGUCACUCUUUGGAGCCCUGUCCUAUGCUGAGCUGGGGACUUGUAUUAAGAAGUCUGGUGGACAUUACACAUACAUAAUGGAAAUCUUUGGACCUCAGAUGGCUUUCGUAAGGCUGUGGGCUGAUCUUAUUGCAAUAAGGCCUGCAGGGAUGGCAGUCAUCUCUCUUGCCUUUGGUCAGUACAUCCUGGAGCCUCUGUUCAUGCCCUGUGCUAUCCCCCCUGUGGCUGUCAAACUGGCCACUGCAAUCGGCAUAACGUCUGUCAUGUACCUAAACAGUAUGAGUGUGACCUGGUCUGCCAGGAUCCAGAUCUUCCUCACCUUCAGCAAGCUGCUGGCCAUCGCCAUCAUUAUAGUGCCAGGGUUGUAUCAGCUUUUUAAAGGGGAGACCAAGAACUUUGAGAAUGCCUUUCAGUUUAACAAUAUGGAGCUGUCUGGUAUGCCACUGGCCUUCUACUCUGGGAUGUAUGCAUACGCUGGGUGGUUCUAUCUGAACUUUGUGACAGAAGAAGUCGAGCAACCUGAGAAGACUCUUCCGUUAGCUAUCUGUAUCUCCAUGUUCAUUGUGACCUCCUGCUAUGUGCUCACUAACGUGGCAUACUACACAGUGAUGUCAGCAGAGGAGAUACUGGCGUCUGACGCUGUUGCUGUGGCGUUUGCAGAGAAGUUGCUGGGGAAAUUCUCAAUAGCUGUUCCGGUGUUUGUGGCUCUGUCCUGCUAUGGCUCCAUGAAUGGCUGCCUCUUUGCCUUGUCAAGAAUGUUCUAUGUGGCAUCACGUGAAGGACAACUCCCCGAGGUUUUGUCAAUGAUCCACGUCCGCAGACACACUCCCCUGACUGCUGUUCUUAUAAUGUACCCUAUGACCAUGCUCCAGCUGUUUGUGGGGGACAUCUACAGCCUGCUGAACUUCAUGAGCUUCCUGCGGUGGCUAUUCAUUGGUGUGGUGGUGCUGGGUUUAAUCUACCUCAGGUAUACGAAACCUGACCUCCCCCGCCCCUUUAAGGUCCCGAUCUUCAUUCCAGUGGUAUUCUGCCUUGCAUGUUUCUUCAUGGUCUUUCUGUCUCUGUACUCGGACCCAGUAAACACAGGGAUUGGAUUUGCCAUUUCCCUCACUGGCAUCCCAGCAUACUACAUCUUCAUCUACUUCAAUCAGAGACCAAAGUGGCUUCAGAGGGCUUUAGAUUCCUUCAACAGAAGCUUGCAGAUCAUCCUGGAGGUUGCCCCUGCUGAGCAAUAACACCACUCAAAACACUAUACCCUACUUCCAAAUGAUAAUUAGCCUAUAUACUGAAGUUUGUAAAAGCAAAACUGGUGUCAUCUCAACAGACUUCUGUAGGAUUGAAAGUGAAUUAUGUCACUGCUGGAUGUGAUUUUAAAUGUAAUCCAUUUUUUGGAAGAAUAAAGACUUAGGAAAAAAAAAGUUAAAAUAUAUACUACUGUUAAUGUCGAUCAUACAUCUUUAACAUUGUGAUUAUUCUCACCAGGGGAAUGAACAUCUCAUCAUCAUAUUCUUCUUAAUAAAAAACACUAACUGUGUAUCGACACAGCAAAUCACUGCACAUGAUACAAACACUGUCUGAACUAAUGGGGUUUUAUAAACUCUACGGAUUCUUUGUAGAAAUGUAUGUUCCAUUUUAUCACUUGAAGUUUCCUUGAAGCACCCACACCCACAGAUGUGUUUUAUGUAGUAUAGUUCACUCUAGGUGGGUCAAAUACCUAACACUGUGAAAUAAAGAUCAUGUUUUCAAUAACUGAGCCAGAAGCAUUUCUCUGCAAUAACAGGCUUAGCUAUGGACCUAAGUUCUUCAUUUAACUCUUUAAUUUAAACAUUAACAUAUGGUCACCUGCUUUUUGGUGACCAUGACUCAGUUGACCCCCUCCUCUGUUCUAUUUAAGCCACUUUGCAACCCCAGCACUUACUUUUCAUACUGAAGCUGACCUAAUAAAUGUGUUGUGACCAUG